UCCCGCACCGCCUCCCAGCGCAGCCCGUCACCCUACCGGGGCCCCGCCAACUCCGGGCCGGGCAGCGGCAUGCCCGGCCGCGGCACCAGCUACAGCACGUCCUGGACCGAGGCCGGCGGCUCCAGGAGGGCGUCCAGCAACCCGUCCCAGGUGUCCGGGGACGACAGGCGCCAGCUGUGCGCCGAGCACACCAAGCUGGCCGCCGAGUCAGCCACGGGGCUCACCUCGUACGGCUCCGUCAUGUACCAGCUCAAGGACGCCAACAUCGAGGCCUCCGGGGUGUGCGACUUCGUGUGCCGCGCCCUGGGGAUCGUGUACAAGACGGCCGUCGUUACCGUGCUCCUCGUCUGCCUCGCGGUGAUGCCCGUCAUCAUGCUGAUCAUGGGCAUCAAGUACUACGGCGAGUGCCCCAAGGAGGCGCGGCUGCCCAUGUACAUGGUGGUGGGCGGCGUGCUGGGCACGGCGCACAUGGCGUGGGUGGUGUGGCGCCAGUCCGUGUCGCGGCGCUACGCGCAGCUGGGCGCGGGCCUGGGCGCGGCCGCCAUGGACUCGGGGGUGGGCGGCUCGCUGGGCGCGCGCGUCGCCGCGUGGAGCCUCACCACGUUCCUGCUCGUGUGGUUCUGCCUGGGCAACUAUUGGACGCUGCACAUCCUGUGGCCGGCCUUCGCGUCCACGCUCUACGAGCCCAACGAGUGGUGCGACAAGACGCUGUACGUGUUCGCGCUGGUGCACCUGAGCGUCAUCUACCUGGUGCUGGGCACGCUGGUCGCGGCCGCGCUCGCCCUGUCCUGCUACCAGCUCGUGUGCUUCCCCUUCGUGCUGCGCUACAAGUAGCCCCGCGGGCCGCCCCUGCCCGUGCACCGGCGGAGCGAGUUCCUCCUCGUGCACACGACGAGCAGUGCGGGCAGGCGGCGGGGACGACCCCAAUGAGAAACAUCGAAUCGACGUCGCGUCGACGUCGAUUUGACCCCGGCAUCGUUUUUACGCCGAUCUGCCGGUGUUCGAUUUUGAUCGACGUCCUGUCAACGUCAUCGGCCAAAAAUGGAGUUUUGAUUUCUCAUGGGGAGCGGUGCUAAGGGCGGCUCUCCUUUGCCACCAGCUGAGCGGCCGCCCUUGGCUCAGGUUGGAGCUCGCAGUUUGGAGACAUUUAUCCGCGGAGAGCCGCUUUCGCUUUCUGUCUAUUCUGGUCCAAAACUUUGGAUGUGAUCGUGGCGCGUGUGAGAACCAAUACCAGUGCUAAGUUACGCUCGGGUUGGAAGAAUGUUUUGUAACGUUGCAGUCUUCCCAGUUCAGCGUGUUUCGACAGAUACCCUGCAAUGCAAGGCAACAAGACGUUCACUUCUUGUGGGAUGCAACCCUGCUGGGAAACUUUCUUUGAAUGAAUAUGCAACCAAAUUAUAUUUGUUGGCAAGCACUUUGAACGCAGGUUGUGAGGAACAAACCUUCCGCGAGACUGAUUUGUUUUUCGCUCUUCCUUCCCUCGCAGAGACUUCCAUCACCCCAGUCUCGUAAAGUAUUAACUUAAACCCCAGUGUCUCAAAUACAACUGGAUCGCUGUCUCUAUUUACCCCAAUCCAAAAAUUUGUGAGUUUGUGAUUUCUGAACUUAUUGCACUGUGCUGUCGUUUAAUGCCUUUUUUUACAAGCCUAAAAUGUAGGAUAGGUAAAAGCUUUUACUUUGAAGAUGCGCUGAGCGUCUGUUAUGAUAACAGUUCGGUUGAUAAUGGACCUUUAGCUCUUAGAAUGAGAGCCAUCGAUUGUUUAUUUUCUCAUAGUGCACGCGAAUAAGUUCCACAUAAUUCACUUAAAAAUCUUUGUACUUCCAGAUAGACUUCUAUUUAGUUUUCUAACAAGUAUUCGUGUACAGCAAAAUUUUAUACUCAGGAUCACAGUUAUUAUGUAAAGUAUUAUUGUUGUUAAAUAGUUGCCAAGUUAAGAAUAAGCAGAGCUAUUUAUUUUAAUUUUGUAAAAUUAGCAUCUCACGCAUAGUUUAUUUGUGUUACUGUAGAUGUCAUGCCAAAGGUGGCAAAAUGUAUUUUCUAUGCCCCUCAAAAAAACAAGAAUGCACAAACUACUAUACUGGUGAGUCCAUUGAGUAGAGAAACGAUUCGAUACACUCCAGGACGGAUGUAGCCUCCUACGGCUAAUAUCAAACAUGUUAUGUCCAACAAUGGCAAAACUUAAAUCUUAAACGAAAAGAACUUACGUCUGCUUUCUUUAUAAAACCUGUCUCUUGGGUUAAGCGAGCGACAUUAGAAUGUAACGCUAACGAAUGAGUGGAUGAACUAAUGACAGAAGCAUGUGCAACAUAUCGGAAAUUUAACAUCCAUUUUCUCCAAAAGAAGCAUGACCAUUGCCCCUAGUUUUAGGUUUUAUAUUAUUCUCCGCAUGCUGCGCAUGCCGAUUCGUGAUGCUGAACUUGAGUGCUAUGGUUCCAUUCCAUUCCGACGGUGCUAGUCCUGGAUCAGCGCGUAGAGCGUCUGAUGCGAUGCAAUGGAACUAAUUUGUUACUAAUUAUUAUUCGAUUAAUUUAAAGUAUAUUUUUGCUAUACACGCUAUAAACGAAAUCAAAAUUUCAUUAUUAUGCUCUCAUUAGUAUUGAGCGUAUCAUCAUCGCUCCAAACUAAUAUUCGACUCGAGACAACAGUCAAACGUCGUAUGUCAUAUCUUUUUCCUUUACUCAAAUAAGUUAAUACUUUUGUUCUAUUUUUGGAAAGCAUUUAUGAGUCGUUUUCGUAGUUGAGGGUUCUCGAUUGAUUGUUGGGGACUGUUUAUGUACCACUUGGGAGGGGGCCGGUCAGAGGGGGCUGUGAACGUGGAUUGUGCUUCAACGUAAAUUAUUUUGCGGAACCAGAAGACUUUUCCAUGUUUAUGUAAUACCUGUGUAAGCGUAUUAACUACCACUAUUUUCAUGAUACGCGCGAUAAUUUUUGAAAAAGCCCAAUGUGUCCUUGUGGUUAUGUGAAUAAUCUCUUACUGGUGGAAUAUUGGAACAUUUGAAUAGAAAAUCGUUAUAGCAACUAACUGAGAAGUGGGUCACGUAUGUGUGUAAGCGGCACUGGCUGCAAUGCUACACGUACAGGGCGGGUUUUCCACGCCGUACUUUUUCUCGUUGUACUGUACCGCACGCAGGCGUGCGUGCGGGCCAGGUUGCCUACCCUUACCCAUUCACGCGCCAUACGCGUAUGCAACCCGUCCGUACGCCUGCAUUCGUUACAGUGUUACGUACCAGAAAAAAAUACGGCUAAAAACACCCGCUUUUAUUUCUCCCAGCUGAUGUGUGGUAACUUGUUCUAAUGAAGCCCUUGCCAAAAGAAGCUAAAUGCACGUUUGCCUAACCAGUGAACUGCCCCAUAUCAUUUGACCAUUCGGCCUACACUCCAUAAGACCAGCGUUGACUGCUGGCCUCUUUGUAAACUUACGGCGAGAAAAAGCAAAUAUAAAAAAUUGUGUCACUCGAAACACUGUACACAAUCACGACCCUGGUUCCGGCGUCACGUUGUUGUAUCUGCAUUUUGUGAACAGCUCGCAUUACUCUCCCACCCAAAAAUAUUUAUUACUACACGUACAAAUGAUAAUUAUAUGCGAUAAAAGAGUACAAAUAUGAACAAAGUUAAAUAAACAAAAGCUUACAAAAACAA